GUGAGUAGCAGUGAAGCCUUCGUAUUCAUUGGAGCAGUACAGUAAGUAACUAUAGCUACUGUCAUUUGAUCGCUUGCGCCUUCUGGAGUGAACUGAAGACGUGCGGAUUGAUUUUGCCCCGUCGCUGUAGUUUCAGAUUAGCUGCCCCUAGGCGUGACACUUGGACCCAGAGGGACACAGACAGACACCCCGGUCUGCAGUUGGUGUAGCAGAGCGAGAACAUGGCAUUGUCAUUUAAGAAAGACCUGGAGAAGUACAAGGAGAUUGACGAGGAUGAGAUCCUUAACAACCUGUCAGAGCAGGAACUCAAACAACUGGAGACUGCCCUGGAGGAGAUGGACCCAGAGAAUGCAUUGCUGCCAGCGUCGAUGCGUCAGAAGGACCACACAGUGAAAGCAGCCACCGGCCCCUACAGCCGAGAGAAACUACUCAGUUUUCUGGAGAAGGAGGCCCUGGAGUAUAAAGACAGAGAUGAUGUAGUCUCUUUCUCUGGAGAGAGGAAAGGCAAGGCAUUUGUUCCCAAGCAGCGGCCCAUCGAGUCUCGUCAGGAAGAGGUAACGACCCUUGACCCGGAACUAGAAGAGGCCCUGUCCAGUGCUACCGACACUGAACUCUGUGACCUGGCAGCCAUCCUAGGUGUCCAUACCCUGGUGACCAGCACCCAGAGCUACGAUGGAACCAGCAGUAAAGACGGAGGAUACAACAACGUGGUGAAGGGGGAGAAGAUGAACCCCGUGUUUGAUGAGCCUCCCAACCCCACUAACGUAGACGACACUCUGCAGAGGAUCAAAAACAACGACGCUGCGCUGACGGAGGUUAACCUCAACAACAUCAAGAACAUUCCCAUUCCCACGCUGAAGGAGUUUGCCAAGGCCAUGGAGAGGAACACACACGUCAAGAAGUUCAGCCUCGCCGCCACACGGAGCAACGACCCCAUCGCUGUGGCGAUGAGUGAGAUGCUGAAGGAGAACAAGUCGCUGCGGAGUCUCAACCUGGAGUCUAACUUCAUCACCAGCGCUGGUGCUGCUGCUCUGGUGGACUGUCUCCGAGACAACGACACUCUGACUGAGAUCAAGAUAGACAACCAGAGGCAGCAGCUGGGGACUUCAGUAGAGAUGGAGAUGGCUAAGAUGCUGGAGGACAACAACAGCAUAGUGAAGUUCGGCUACCACUUCUGUCAGCAAGGCCCACGGGCUAGAGCUGCUGCUGCUAUCACCAAGAACAAUGACCUGA